AACCWUUUUGCCUCUUCUGAGCACUUUAUAUUACAGCCUGCCAUUCACAAGUCAUGCGACGAAGUGUACAGAAAUGGAGGGAAAGCAAACGGUGUKUACAAAAUAAAUCCCCCGAUAAACUUCCCACCGAUGUACGUCUUCUGCGAUAUGCAAACAGAUCAAGGAGGAUGGAUUGUAAUACAAAAGAGAAUCGAUGGCUCGGUUGGUUUUCAUCGCAACUGGAACGAGUAUAAACGGGGGUUUGGUGACAAGCUUAGUGAUUAUUGGUUAGGAUUGGAUAUAAUUCAUUCUUUGACGUCACAGGGWGAUUAUACUCUUCGUAUUGACAUGGAAGACUUUGCUGGUAGUGUGAGAUAUGCUGAGUAUAAUAAGUUUGUUAUUGGUGAUGAGAAGGAUAAUUUUCGACUUACUGUUGAUCAGUACUCAGGGGAUGCRGGGGAUACGUUAAGACUCCAUAACAACGCUCAAUUCUCUACCAAAGAUCGUGACAACGACAAUUCCAGAACCCAUUGUGCAAAGUCCUUUAAGGGGGGUUGGUGGUUCAACCGUUGUCUCCAUUGCAAUCUAAACGGUGAAUAUUUCUCGGAUUUGAGCAAAGCACCAAGAAGACAAGGGGAAGGAAUUCUAUGGUCAGAGUGGAAGCUCUGGGAGAUUCUGAAGAGAGUAGAGAUGAAAAUAAGACUCAAGAUAAAUUAGAACCUGACUAUAGACAUUCGUCGAUGACAAUUCAUCUAUGUAUUUGAAGCUAAUUCAAGAAUAUCUCCAAAGUGCCCAACCGACUCUUUUAUAUCGGAACUGGUGGAUUAGGUCUAUGCUUUGAGGACAAACCUAUGACGAUAGUGGGGGAAAGCAGAGCUCCACAGCAAAGAAUAUGACAGYGAGAAAAUCACAGAAUAGCGAUUGCAUUGUUGUAUGAUGGGUAAAUUCCACAUUUCCGCGGCACAUGGUAUACUGUCUCAUUCUGUCCCGCAAGACUCUUUCUUUAGUUGACGUUUUCUACGUACGUUUUCUUAAGCGUGUGAGAAAAAUCUAAAAAAAAUAUUGGUGUAUAUAUAUGAAUGAAUUCUGGUGUUAUUGUUUCCACAUUAUCACGCAAGAGAAAUGWUAAUAAUUCUGACAGCGCGAUAAGCGUGUUGAUAGUUUUAAUAGUAAAUAAGUAAAUUCAAUAA